AAAAAGGAUUUUAACAAUCUCAGGUACAAAACCUAAUCCGCAUGCAUCCAGAGAGGCUUCAACUCGAUUCGAUUUGGCGACCCGCACUGAAGGAGACGUGAUCUUGAAAAAUCAAUCCGUGCUCGCGCCCCCAAGCCGCCGCCGCGGCCGCCGCAGUGGCCACAAAAUUAGCGGCUCCGAGGACGUUUUUGCCGCAGUGCACGUCCGCCGUAACCGCCGAGCACUCGGGUGAAUAAUGCCAGUACAGUAUGCAGACGAUCGGGCUGAUUGAUCACGCAAAAUAAUUCACGACUUCAGUCCGGCUCUCGGUGCUGCCACUUUAAAUCACAAACGCGCGUCUACACCGUUCUAUAGGGGCCCACACAUGCAUGGUACACGUGUGUGCGUGUGUGCGCGCGCGCGUCUCUGCGCGCGCGGAGGGCAAGUGAAAUGAUUCCAGAUUGCAUCACAUAUAGGAACCGGGGGAAAAAAGAGCCAAAGAGCCCCUCACCCCAACCACUACCCCCACCUUUUGCAGCGUGGACAAGUGGCUUGUAAGGCAGCUUGGAGCAAAAUAAAGUCUGAACAAAACUAGACUGUGAGACUAGCACGUCGCAGAGUGAGUGAGUGACGUUAACGCAGACUCGGUAAAGACUCACUUGCAGGCAAAACUAACAUGCCCCCACCCUUUCAUUUUUUUAAUAAAAGAAGGACAAGAAGAUCAUUAAUUGAGUUCAGAUCUUAAAUGCUGCUAUCAAAAUGCACGCACAUGUUGAAGACUCUGCAACUGUAAUUUCUUGGGUAAACAUCUGGUGAAGACAUUCCAGGAACACAUCUGAAAGGAAGAAAGGCGUCCAGGCUCUUGCGCUGCGGAUGCUGCACACACCUGCCGAUUUUACAGCAGUGAAAUCGGCUCAGGGAACCCGAGAGCAGGAGGACCCCUUUUUCUGUUGGAGCAACUUCAUUAACACGCGGACUGGGAAAGAGGAAACACGUGCGUGCUGCGGCGGCAUUCGCGGGGAGACGGAAGAUGGCAGCAGCCGAGGAGGCAGAACGUUUCCCAGGGAACCAGAGAUCCACAUUCUCCGCGACGGGCGACUCCUAAUUCUCCCAAAGAAAGCCGCGGGCCCAGCUCGUUCGUCAGUGUCACGUUUCAGUGGCAGCGCGGGGCCAGCCUCGGCGAGGUGCCCGCGCGCCUCUGCGGGACGGCUGGGCCCCGCGGCGAUUCAGACGGAACCAACCAACAAAGGCCUUGCGGCGGGCGGCGCAGGGCCACCUUCCGGAACAGGUGCCGGAUCUCCGGCUGUCCCGCGCCCCACCGCCGUCCCGCCCUGGGGUUUCUCUUUCCUGGCCUUUGGCGCCCAGGCCAGCCCCGGGGGCGCGGGGCCGAGUCCUCGCGCGACCCGAGCGCGCCCGACUGCGGGGGGCGGUCCGCGCACCGCGCGUGCGCAGGGUUGCAAGCCCCUUCGGAGAGCCGGGCUUUCCGCGUGCGAAACGCGUGUAAAGUUAAGCCGACCGCUCCAAGCCUCUCCUCUUACCCGGCGGCCGCGAGCCGACGGCAGAGGGCGCCCUUCCAAUGCGCGUCGGUCGGGACCCGCGUGGCCCCGCUGGAGCUGCGGACUGAAAGCCGCCGCACCGCCCCCAGCCCGGCGCGCCCCCUCUUGGGUGGAAAGCCGGGCUGGGGCUGGGGACCCCGCCGCCAGCCACCCCUACCCCCAUUCCCAGGUCCCGAGAGGCCGUCUACUGUGGUGGUUCACGCCCUGGCUUUUUUCACCCAACGCGGGUUCCUCGCAGCCGUCUGGGUGCGGAGGAGCGGCUCCUAACUGA